AGAGAGAUCUACAGCACUGAGACACAGCCAUGGCACCAACCAUCACUUCAGCAAUGAACAUCUCAAACGAGCAGCUACCUCUGAACAACAAGCUGAGGAAGCUGAUGGUGGAGAAGAUGCGCAGAGAUCGUAUCAACAGCAGCAUUGAGCAGCUGAAGUCUCUCCUGGCUGCAGAGUUCCUCAACCAGCAGCCUGACUCCAAACUGGAUAAAGGAGAUAUCCUGGAGAUGACAGUCAGCUUCCUGAGACAGCAGCAGCAGCAUCCUGCAUUAUCCUUCAGCUCUGCAGCUGUCAAUCAAGGCUUCUCCAGAUGUGUCCAUGACAUUGUACACUUCCUGUCUAAAGAUGAGGUGAAGACACAGAGCCAGAAAAAACUGCUGAACCACUUCCAGAACCUGCAGCCAUCUUCAGAUGAGAACAGGAGGGAAAGUGUUCUGGCUCAGCUAAGCUCUACAGACCAGCAGAUCAUCAGCAAAGAGAAGACAUCAGUUAAGAGCUCCCUCUGGAGGCCCUGGUAAAGACAAGAUCAAGACUCAAAGCUGAAAACAUAAGUCUAUGUGGACUUUUUAUGUUUUUAUUUCAAGUUCUGUGUGAACAGGAUUAUAUUGUUAAAAUUUAACAUCUUAUUGUUGUCUUAUGGCAAUAGACUUAUAGCUUUCUACUUCAAGAAAGAUUCUCAAGAUACUCAAUGAAGAUGCUGGUAGAAUCCAGUAACAAGCAACUUAAAGUUACAGUCAUGACAAUGCAUAUUUAUGUUAAACAUGAAUAAUACAGAUAAACUGUUUUUAAUUCAUGAAAUCUCCUUUAUAGUACUAUUUCCAUUUAAUGGAAAAUCAUUGUUCUGUAUUGAACUACAUCUUAUAUUAUCCUUGUAUAUUUGAUCAGAUUUGAUCACAUUUUUGGGAAUUUCUUUACCAAUUCUAGUGGAAAAUAUUAGUUAUAAUACUAAUUAUAGUGGAAUGUUCAUAUGGUAAACAAAAAAGAUAUAAGCAUUUAAUGCCUUCUAUGAAGGUAAUCAUAUUCUGAUGAUUCUGAACAGAGUCUUAG